UAAAAAAACGACGUGAAGAAACUGCCAUUACUGGACAGGAUCGGGUGGUUUUAUCAAACCCACUGAUUCCCAUGCACACGCGUCUUUAAAAUCACUCACAACCACCCCUCUCUCUCUCUCUCUCUCUCUCUCACAGAGAAACCCACCUCUCUCUUUCUCUCUCUGACUCUCUCUCACUCAGUGUCUCUCUCCUCUCUGCAAAACCAUGGCGAUUUUUCAGGACUGGAUGAUGGAAAACUGAGUUAGUGGCAAAUAAAGCACAGUAAAAGGACAGCCCACUAAGGAAAAAAAGAGAGGGAGAGGGGGAAUAGUCACCCUUCAAAUUUUUUUUUAUCCUUCUUUGGUUUUUCAUGCUGGGUUUUUAUUUUUAAGGUUUGGUUGGUUUAAUUUUCACUCUUUAAACUGGUUUUACACCCUGUGAAAAUUUUGGUUUUUUUUUUUAUUAAGGACCUUGUAUAUUUUGAUUUUCUGAUAUAGAAACUAAAUUUUUCUGUAGUAGUCACAAAAUACAAAAGGUAAAAAAAAAAAAAGAGGGACAGAAAGAAAAGCAAAAGAGCCAUUAAAAGGAACAAAAUUACAAAUCCUCUUCUUUGUUAUGCUGUGUCUAGUACUAGUGCAUGCACAUCUGAUCAUGACUGGUGAGAGUUUCUUUGCAUGUCGGUUGUGAGAGAGAGAGAAGCUGAGCAAAAUAGAAAGAGAGGAAGUUAUUGUAAAAGAGCGAGAAAGUCGGGGAAAAAGUUACCACCUUUUCCAUUAAUCCUUCUUUUUCUUGGGUUUCUCAAGUCUUCAGAAAAUGGAGGUCACAGAAGUUUAUUAGCAGUGCAGAGACAGAGAGGCAGAGACUGGGUUUUUCGAUUCAUGGAGUCCCCUUUUGGUUUUCUGGUUUCUGGGUUUCUUCAGAAUGGUGGAUUUGACUGUACUAAAACCACUCUUUACUCCAAUAUUCUUUAAUAUAUAGGAAAAAUCUUAACUUUCUUCAGUGUGGCUAUAAGAUUUGGAGCUAUGCUUAGAAAAAGAUCAAGAGCAACAACAAGUAGUAGUUGUAGUAAUCAAUCUCUAAUGGCAGACACUAACUCUCUCCAAUCUCCAACAGACAAAUACAGGAAACCCACUACCUCUCUCUUAACUUCUCCGAGGUUUUUCACAAAUUCCGCUCCAAAAUCUUUGCCUGAAUACGAGGUUGUUAUGAGUCCAACUUCCAUACUCGAUAGCAAGCCAUUCUCUGGUUUCAGAAACCCCUUUAGGUCUGAAACAAGCACACCCAGAACCCCAGAACCUGAAACUAAACGCCAUUGGGACAAUUUAGACCCCAAGGGUCUUGGCUUGGCCAUUGUUGAUUCUCUCAAUGAAGAAACAUCUGAUCCAAAACCAUCCAAACCUGACAGCCGAAUGGUUCUUUUUGGUUCUCAGCUUAAGAUUCAGAUCCCUACUCUGGCAAACUGUGUUCAUUCUCCAACUGAAUCUCCCAAAUCCCCUGCUGAUUUUGGAAUCAAGACUAGGAAUUCUCAACUGGGUUCUUUCUCUUCUGGCUUUUCUCAGUCACCAGUGAAGAAUUCAGCAUUCGGGUCUGCGAAUUCGGGCAUGGAGACUCCGAAUUCUUUACGGGUUUUCACUGGCUGUCUCUCUGCUAGUGAAAUGGAGCUCUCAGAAGACUAUACUUGUGUGAUAUCCCAUGGUCCUAACCCAAAAACCAUUCAUAUUUUUGAGGAUUGCAUUGUUGAGAGCUGUUGUGGUGUUGUUGGGUUCUCUGGUCCAAGAAAAGAAAGUGGGUUUUUCACUGGCCAGUCUUCUAGCUAUCCUUCUGAUAGUUUUCUCAGCUUCUGUUACUCUUGCAAGAAGAAUCUUGGUCAGGGAAAGGACAUCUACAUGUACAGAGGUGAGAAAGCCUUCUGUAGCAGCGAUUGUCGCUCCCAGCACAUGCUUUUGGAGGAGGAGGGAAUGGAUAAAUUGGAACCAUAAUCCUGAUUCACCAAUAAUUUUGCUUAGUGUUCAAAGAAGCAUAAAAAGAAAAUGCCAAACUUCACUAGGGUAAAUCUUUGUAUCAUUGGUACUCCAAAAUCACAGACAAGGAUGGUACUUGAAUUUCCUAGAAAAUUGUGAACCUGUUUUGGUAUUUUCUCACUUAUUAUUUUUUCUCUUUGUUUGCUUUUACCUCUACUUUUUAAUACUCCUCCUGUUAAAAGGAGGGCUUGAAAGGUUUAGAUAUUGUAGAGUUAAUUUUGUUGAAUUGAUAAAUAGGUGACGCUGUUGGGUUUGUCCGCA